AUGGUCGUCCCGACGGGAACAACGCUCUUGCUGACUCUAGCAUGUGCUCCAUCCAUAUGGGCCAAACAGCCCCAAGCGCCGUCGCCCAUCCCUGCACCUCUACGUGAGCUACCAUGGGGCCAACUGAACUUCUUACAUACAACGGAUACACAUGGCUGGCACGGAGGACACCAGCAGGAGCCCCAGUAUGAUGCCGACUGGGGCGACUACAUCUCAUUCGCACACCAUCUCCGUCAGCGAGCAGAUGCUGAUGGCAGCGACCUACUUGUGGUCGACACAGGUGACCGCGUAGAAGGGAAUGGAUUGUACGAUGCCAGUGAUCCACAGGGCAAAUACACAUAUGAGAUCAUCAAACAGCAGACGAUCGAUUUGAUGACUGUCGGGAACCACGAACUGUACAAAGCGAACACGAGCGAGCGCGAGUUUGAGGAGGUUGUUCCUGGGUUUAAAGACGCAUAUGUAGCAAGCAACUUGGAUAUCUACACAGCAAAGGAUAGUCAGAGGAGACCUCUAGCGCCCCGUUUCCGUAAAUUCACCACCAAGAACCAAGGCAUACGCAUCAUUUCUUUCGGAUUCAUCUUCAACUUCAAAGGAAACGCCAAGAACACCGUCGUUCAAAGUGUUGAGGACACCGUGAAAGAGCAAUGGUUUCAAGAUGCGAUUCGGGAGAAAGAUGUGGACCUGUUCCUAGUUGCUGCUCAUGCCCCAGUCCGAGACGGACCCGAAAUCGACACCAUAUACAAAGCUAUCAGGGAGGAAAGAUGGGACAUUCCGAUCGUCUUCUUGGGCGGGCACACUCAUGUGCGUGACUAUCGGAAGCUUGAGAAGAACGCUGUUGCGCUCGAAAGCGGACGGUAUAUGGAGACUGUUGGAUUCCUUUCUGUCUCGGGUCUGAAGAAGGUAUCACAAGGAAAGGCCACACCACUGUCUGCCCCAAAGUACCAGCGACUGUAUAUUGACAACAACCUCUAUUCCCUCCAACAUCACUCCGCCACGAAUGUGUCAACCUUCGACACAGACCUGGGCCUCAAUGUCUCCAGAUCAAUCACUGCCGGCCGAAGCGCGUUGAAUCUCGACCAAGCGUUCGGAUGCGCCCCACGAAAUUUUUGGCUGAACCGAGCGUUGUACCCAUCUAAGGACAACAUUUUGACCCUACUCGAGGAGCUUAUCAUUCCAGAUACGUUCAACAAUGCUUCGGGAACUUCUCCUAGUAUCGUCAUCGCCAACAGUGGCGCCAUUCGCUUCGACAUUUUUGAGGGCCCUUUCACCAUCGAUACGACCUUCUUGGUUUCGCCGUUCACGAGCGGCUUCCGAAUGGUCCGCGAUGUGCCAUAUGGCGUGGCGAGCAAGGCCCUCAAACUUCUGAACAACAAGGGUCCGAUCCUGGUCACUGAGUUGCUGGCACUUGCCGACACGAAAGGUCUCAGCGCAAGCGACCUGCUUCCAUCUUACAUUCCGGCCAGCACAGCCAGCCUAGCUCAGACAGCCAAACGUCUUGAUAAGCACUCUGAAGCGUUCAUUGGAAAGGGCUCGCAACAGGCUGUGUUAGGCAACGGAGCAGCCGAUACACGUGGACUUCCGGGCUACACCACCGUCGACGACGAGGGCGCUGAAGGGGACGAUACCAUUCAUGAAGCUAUACGAUUCUAUGGCGUGCCAAAUUGCAUAGCUGCUAAUGUCGGGUUCGAUCCGGCGACCGAUGCCGCACAUCCCGAAAAGGUGGAUCUCGUCUACAAUGAGUUCAUUCAGAACUACAUUCUGCUUGCCUUGAAGUUCCUCGGGGAGAGUCGCGAGGUUAGCGACACGCAGCCGGCACUCCAGGGCAAGAGCAUGACGAACGUACUGAGUGAAUGGAUUCACCAGAAUUGGCCCUGCGAGCAGUGA